AUUGUCAGGUCGCAGGAAACACCUUCACAGGUGUGAAGUCUAACCCGCUGUGGACUACUGAGACAUUUCUUCCUACAAUCAAGACCCUCAGCAGUACAAAAGAUCAAGAUGAUUUUUCUAAUGGACCUCCAGAUGAUGGUACUGGAUGUGAUUUACUUCAUCAUUCGCAACUCUAUACGGAUCGUCCUGCGCCCGCGCACCAAGCCCAUUGAUGGGGAGCUGGUGCUGAUCACCGGAGCAGGUGGAGGUCUGGGUCAGAUCUUUGCUCAGGAGUUCACCAAGCAUGGGGCAGAGGUGGUGCUUUGGGACAUCAACACCAGUUCCAACGAGCAGACAGCCAAGCUGGUGCGGGAGAAGGGGGGUAAGGCGUACACGUACACGGUGGAUGUGACCGACAGGCAUGAUGUGUAUCGCAACGCAGAGCUUGUGCGGAGGGAUCUGGGCCGGGACGUUACAAUGCUGGUGAACAACGCUGGAGUGGUGGCUGGGGAGCGCAUGUUGGACUGUCCUGAUGAAAUGAUAGAGAGGAGCAUGAAAGUCAACUGCCAUGCUCUCUUCUGGACAGUGAAAGCCUUCCUCCCUCAGAUGAAGGCCCAGAAUCAUGGACACAUCGUCACCAUCGCCAGCGUCCUCGGUCUCUUCAGCACAGCUUGUGUCGAGGAUUACUGUGCCAGUAAGUUUGCAGCAGUGGGCUUCCACGAGUCUCUGGCCCAUGAGCUGCUGGCUGACGAGGUUGAUGGAGUGAAGACGACUCUCGUGUGCCCCUACAUUGUAGACACUGGCAUGUUUAGCGGCUGCAAGAUACGGGAGGAGGUGGAACAGUUCCUCCUUUCCCCUCUGGACCCCCAGUACUGUGUGGAGCAGGCCAUGAACGCCAUCCUGGUGGACCAGCCCUUAGUGUGCAUCCCUCGCCUCACAUACCUGCCGUUCCUCUCCAGAGCAUUGUUGCCAUGGGAAUCCAAUGUGGUUACAUAUCGUUUCAUGGGCUCUGACAAGUGCAUGUACCCCUUCAUUGAGGCUAGGAAGCAACUAUUGUUGAAUAACUCCGUUAAGGUUGAAUAAUUUCACAUUAGUACUGUUAAGAAAACCUUUGUACAGAAGAGGAUUAGGGCCAAAUGUGAAAAAUGUAUUUCAUUCUGAAGCCAAUUUUGGAGUCAAAACCAUUCAAUUAAAUAAGAAUAUCCUUCUGUUUGUGUGGACAACAGUGGGCCAAACUGCCCAGCUACAUUAAGAACCUAUUGGACCAAUGUAAUACUGAGGCCGAAUGAAGCUGACUGUGAGCUUCAGAAGUGUACUAGAUGACAACUCAGCCAAGUGAUCAUCAGCACCCACACAUCAAUGUUCAGAUGGAAUUUAGAGACAGUUCAAACAGAUUUCUCCAUAAACCUGCAAGAUGAGCACUUAAAAGUGACUGGAUGCUGGACUGGCCAAGGGGAUGUGUCAUUAACAUCUGUCAUUUAAUAAUGUACCAGGAUAUUGCGCUGUAUUAUGUUUACAUUAAAUGAAAUGAUUGAAAA